AUGGCCGGAUUUGAAUAUAACGCGACGCCCUAUGCGUUACGCAGGGCAUACGCAAAUGUGCUUUCCGCAAACGUAUCCGCUGAAGAUCGAAGAUUCUUAAUGGGUCACAAAACCAACUCCGAUAUUUAUAGCCACUACCACUCGGCUAUAUCAAUGGUAAAUGUACAGGAGAUAUUUCGAGGCAUCCGCGCUAGCAACGCUACUAAAAUGCAUGGGCUAUCGCUUAAUCGGGUCCAACAAACGCCUCAGCAUAUUAGCAAAGAAGGAUGGCAGAGGGUGCAGCAAGAUCCCGAGAUCGCCAAGGAAGUUCUUAAAACACCGCAGACGACAUCUGAUUUGCAGAAAUUGUACGGAUCAAUCAGUGCUGCAGUUCGUGCCUGUGAUCCCCGCAUCGAGGGCCUCGUUGAGGCGACGGCACGAUUGAAAAAUCGUCGACGAGUCCUGAUAGGCACCAUCGACCAGGAAGAAUAUCGUAUGGCAUUCGCAGGCCAUCACCCUCAAAAAUCCCCAAUCCCUUAUUCAGAGUCCGAAUCUAUGUCUGGCCAUACUAGUUUAGAGGACGCAUUCAUCCAGGCGCUCGAGGUUGCACCGGGUGAGGAAGCUAUUCUAUCGCUGGAUAACCGUGACAUAAUCGACGCUGUCGAUUCACGCCGGGGCCGCUAG